AUGGACGCCUCUCGCGCCGCCGGUCCGCGCCAGCCGCCACCUUGCCGGUGCAGCGAGCGCACGUCCAGCCCCUCUGGGGCUGCCACGUGGGGGCAGCAGCUGCGGAGAUGGCUUGCUGACGUCAUAGUUACUCUGGCCUAUGAGCCGCCACUGCCGUCCUUGGCCGCCCGCAUUUCCCAGCGCGUUUCCCCGAACCCCCCCGCGCAUCCGCCGACGGCACACCCCGCGCGUUCUCAAUUGCCUCCUUCCGCUUCCCCCGGCGCUCCAGGGGGAAGCUCCGCCAGUGAUGAGAGUUGCGGGGAGGCGCAAGUCGCGAGGGGGGCGCUUCCGCGUCCGCGCGUGUGGCUUCCGCGCCCGCUGCGAGCGGUGGCGGUGGCGCUGCUGGCGGGGGGAGCUGCGGGGUACGGCGCAGCGAUGCGCGCGCGGUGGGAGAUGUACCAACGCGGAUGGCGGAAGCGAAGCAGGGUGGGGGUGGCGGUGAUAAGCGUGGGAAACAUCACCUGGGGAGGCAAUGGAAAGACGCCCAUGGUCGCCUCCACCGCUCUGCACCUCCUCUCACUCCUCAACACUGCCCCGCACUCACAACCGGCCUCACAACCUGCCAUCCCCCAUCCUCCCCUCCUCCCCGCCUCCGCACUACCUCUCACACCUUCUGAUAUGCCACCUUCAUCCCCUCUCGCUCCACUUCCCCCUCUUCCUUCCUUUAUCAUCCCCACAGGCUAUGCAGGGGGUGACGAGGCGCGCAUGCUGCAGCGCCAGCUCAGCGGCCACCCAGUUAUCAUUGCAGUGGGGCGGAAGCGUGCUGACGUGGCACGGCGAGUCAUUGGCCAGUUUGGGGCGUGGAGGGGAUGGGGGCAGGGAGCAGCGGAGGGGGGAAAGCAUGAGGGGAGGAAAGAAGAGGGGAGGAAAGAGGAGGUGGUGGGGCAUGGGGGGGUGGAUGGGGGUGGUGGUGCAGUGGGGCCUGUUGCUGCUGUGAUCAUGGACGAUGGCAUGCAGGUGUGCUCCAACAUCGGCAUGCUCUGCAUCAUUUUACAUGAUGACCCUUUCACGUGCUCUCCUCCCACGCCUGCCUCUCCUGCCGGCCCGGCCUCCCCGGCGUGCCAUGAGCCGCGGGGCACCACAGCCUUGAAAGGCGCCCAGGGCAGAGGGAACUCGCACCUGCUGCUGUGCCACAGGGAGGGGGGGGCUGGGGAAGGAGGAGGGGAGGAAGGGGAGGCAGGAGGCGGGGACAGGGUGGUGGCGUGUGCCAGCGUGGCGGGGCGUGAUGCCGUGUGUCUCUCCGCCAUUGGCUCGCCUGACGCCCUGCAAGCCACACUGCAGACGCAGCUGCACCUGAGGCGGGUGGUGAGCAUCGCCCUGCCCGACCACUCGCCCUUCUCCCUCCAGGAGGUGGGCGCAGUGCAGCAAGCCCUCGCCCUCCUCUCACGCACACCUGAUUCCAACUCGCCCUCACAUGAUGUGCAAGGCGCACACGCACACGUGAUGAAAGGAGAGGGUGGAGGCUGCGAGGGGGAUUCUGCGUGUGGGCGUGGGCCGUUAUUGAUACUGACAGAGAAGGAACACCAUACCCACGCAACUGACCUCCAAGUCUCGCGACACAAGCACCCCCCUUCUCCUUUCUUACCCACCUCACAAAAGCACAUGGCGUCGGCAUCCAGAGGGAGCAUUCUCUCCGAGCUAGGCAUAACGCCCACCACACUCAUCUCGCUCGUCUCGCCACUCCUCUCCAUCCCCUGCUGCCUGCUCCUCCGCGCCACCCCCUCCACCUCCGCGCGCCAUGCCAUCGGCGCGCUUACCGGACUGUUUCUCGCGCUCUCCGCUUUCGGUCCCACCAUCUGGGCGCACUAUGCUGUGCUCCUCACCUUCGCUUAUAGCGCAAUGUGCUUGUUUCGGAAACGAUGCGGGAUAAUCACUCUGCUCGGCACAUUCGCUUACCUCAUCGUAUGCCACGUGGUGUACGAUAGCGGCUCGGCGCGCAGGGAUCAGGGCAUCGACUUCGCCGGUACGCUUAUGAUGGUGACACUCAAGCUGACGUCAUGCGCCUUCGACUACCAGGACGGCCAAUACCUCUCCGACCCCGUCGCCGCCGAUUCCGCCGCGAGUGCCGCUGCUAAUGGGCGGCCCAUCCGCGGUGCGGACCGGCAUUUGUGCGACCUUCCUUCUCCGCUUGAAUUCAUGGGUUACAUGUUCUGCGGCGGGUUACAUCUCACAGGACCGUACUUCGAAAUGAAACGGUACCUCGAGUGGGCGAGGCACGAGGGUGUGUGGUCACGAUCCGCGCGAAAGGCGCCGUUCUUGGUGCCGCUUUUGACGGCGCUGGCAUGGGCCGUACCGUCGGGGCUGCUCCACCUGAUGCUUAAACCGCGUAUGAACGUCGGAAUUACCUCAGACCCCGCUCAGGUCUGGAGCGUUUCGUACGUGGCGCGAUGGGGGUACGCGAUCCUGGCGACGUACGCCGUACGUACGAAGAUCUACUACGUGUGGAUGGUGGCGGAGGGCAGCAUGGUCGCGAGCGGACUAGGUUUCAGCGGAUGGGUGCCGCAACGCGGAGCUGCCGCUUCUAACAGCAGCAGGGGAAGCAGCAGAGCGCGGGGAGAAAAAGCGGAGCUAAGGGGACGGCGCGGGGGACUGGCCGGACAGGCGGAUUGCGAGCCAGUGAGGGAGGUUUUCGGGGAGAGGUGUGUGAACGGUGGUGACGCGGACGUACCUGCACUGACGACUGCGGCGGUCACAGGAAGUGUGAUACUAUCGGAUAGUGAUGAAGACGAGAACAGCGCGCCUGUGAUUAGGGCGAGUGUGCGAAAGACGAGCAGCAAGUCCAGGCCGAGAGUGGCUUUGACCGCAGCAGUGCCGCAGCUGGAGCAGAUCGACUCGGACGAGGAGAGGGAGAGGGAGACGGGGGGGAAGAGGGGGAGUGGGGAGGAGCGGGAGGUGGAAGCUCAGGAGGCGAGCUGGAAGCGGGCGCGCAACAUUGACAUCGUGGGGGUGGAGGCGGUGACGGGCAUGCAUGGCUUCGCCAAGAACUGGAACGUGCGCACCGGCGAAUGGCUCCGCACCUACAUCUACGAGCGUGUGACGCCAGAGGGGCAGAAGCCAGGCGUGCUGCCACUGAUACUCACAGUCUGCACCAGCGCCGUCUGGCAUGGUGUGUACAUUGGCGACUUCUUCUUCGCCCUCAACAUGGCGUGGCUCAUCAUGGGUUCGCGCAUCAUCUACCGCUACCAGCGCACCAUCCCCGCCUCCUCCCGCCUCCUCUCCCUCACGGUCGCCAUGCUGCACUCCCUCUACUCCUUCCUCGGCGCCAACUACUCGGCGCAGGGUUUCAUUCUCCUCUCUGCUUCACAAACACUCGUGGCGUACAGCGGCAUGGGUUGGGUUGGCACGCUGUUGCCUCUCAUUCCUGUGGCACUGUCACAGUUGGGCAAGCUAAGGGGGGCCCGGAUCGCGGAAGUGGCAUCCACAAGACAUUCCAAAGUUCAGUAG